AUGAGGUCCGUCUUCGUGGCUGCCACGCGGCAGCACGUUGGAAAGUCCACCACCUCGCUCGGCCUCCUCGCCGCUCUCUCCUCCCGUGUCCCGCUCGAGUCGAUCGGCUACCUCAAGCCCGUCGGGCAGCAGCACGUGGAGGUGCAGGCGGCGGCGGAGGGCGCGCCGCCUCUCCGGGUUGACAAGGACUGCCGGCUCGCGAAAGAAUACUUUGGGCUUCGGUGCGAGUACAAGCACAUGUCGCCGGUGCUGAUGCCGCGAGGCUUCACGAAGAGCUAUGUGGACGGCGAGAUCGACAUGGAGCGGCAGAAGCAGGCGCUGCUGCACGCCUGGGAGGCGCUGCGGGCGGCGCACCCGAACGUGGUCGUCGAGGGCACCGGCCACAUGGGGCUGCUCGGCCAGCGUCUCAUUUCGGGCGAGGGGCACGGCGAGGAGCACGUGCUUCGCCACUGCGGCGGCGUGCAGUUUGUCACUUGCAGCGUGCGCCGAUUCGAGGAGCGGCUGGCUGAGGGAGAGUACAGCGACCGGCUCCUGGUCGUGCAUGGCUCGCGGCUGGGCAUCCUGGAGGCGUGCCUGCGGCACCACGCACAGACGGGCGAGAUCCGCGGCGGAGUCAUUUUCACUGGCACGCGGCACUCGUGGGCGCCGGACGAGCCCAUCCUCGCGCGGCUGCGCGAGUCGCGCAUCCCGACGAUGCACGCGCCGCUGGAGACGACGGAGGUGGCGGAGCGGAUACAAAAGUUCACCGCCAAGCUCAACGCGACGGACAGGCAGCGGACGGAGGCCGCCAUCCGGCACGUGCAGGCGCACGUGGACAUGGACGUCCUUCUCGGCGGGACGGCGGCGGGGGGGCUUGCCAGCCCCCGGCGAGGCGUCUGA